CUUAGUGGAUAAACGGAAAGAGUGAGCUGUGAGCGUUGGGCCAUCUAUAAAAGCCAGGCCUUCACCCCUUCAGAGAGUAGAACUCCAUCGCAAUCCAUCACUCCGUUUCAUUCAAUCAGCUGCCCGCUUUCACUGAACAAAUUACCCGCGAUUGCUGCCGCUGCAUUCGUGUUCGUCGCGGGAACGCUAUCCCAAACCAUGAAGUUAUGGAGUUUCAAAUCUUCGGCCCUCAUCCCUAUUGUGGGAUUGGCUGUGCAGGUCGCUGCAAGCGCCAACGCCACGUCUGAUCCGGCCAUCGAUGUAAAUACCUGGCCGGCACCCAGGUAUCAGGUCCACAUCGAUAAAAGCAUUAUGGUUCCGAUGCGGGACGGCACAAAACUCUCUACCGAUGCCUAUCGGCCGAUGAAGGUGCAGGAAAAACUGCCCGUCAUCGUCAUGAGGACACCAUAUAACAAGAAGCCCUACCGCGAUGACAAGGAGAGCGCUCCGUUUAGGUUCGCAGAGCAGGGGUAUAUUGUCUUGGUUCAAGAUAUGAGAGGGAAAUUGGAGUCGGAGGGGAAUUUUACGAUAUCGACUCCUGACGACAUCGAUGGUUAUGAUACGGUCACAUGGGCUGCUACGCAGGCGUGGUCCUCCGGGAAAGUUGGUACUUACGGCUGUUCCUAUUUGGGCGAGGCCCAGAUCGAAAGUGCCAAAUUACGAAAUCCCCAUCUUACUACGAUGAUUCCCCAGGGUGCCGGGGGGGCGUCGCGUUAUUUCGGGCAAAUCGUCGGGGGCGCGGUGGAACUUGCGACGGCGGUGGGAUGGUACUGGAAAUCGGGCUCCAAAAUCCGUCUUCGCCCGCCCCCGGGUUCGAACGACGACUUCUGGGCUACCGACGGCGUCAAUUUCAAUCCCGGCUACGUUCCGCCUCCCGCCAAAUAUGACGAAAUGUUAAACAAUCUCCCAACGGUGGAGACCUUCAAGAAAUUCGGUGGGCCGAAAUCAGACUACGAGGCAGUGUUCGAAAACCGGCCCUCGUCGCCGUGGUGGGAAGCCCGCCCCUACGUCAACAGUUCGGACCGGUUUGAUGUUCCGGCACUUCACGUUGAUUCUUGGUAUGAUUAUGGCGUCGCAGACGUCCUUGAUCAGUUCAAUCUACUUGCCGAAAACGCAGUUAGCGAGACAGCCAAGAAUAACCAGUUCGUCAUUAUCUCUCCUACGACGCAUUGUUUGUCGGAGACGGCGGCUGAACAGACCGUCGUUGGCGCCAGGGAUUUGGGCGACGCUCGACUGGGAUAUUACGGAAUAUAUUUGAGCUGGUUCGACCACUGGCUGAAAGGCAUCGACAACCAUGUGAUGAAGAUGCCCAAGGUUCAAAUAUAUGUAAUGGGGAAGAACCAAUGGCGCGGCGAAAAUGAGUGGCCGCUGGCGCGUGCGCGGCCGACCAAAUAUUAUCUGGACAGUCGGGGCUCUGCGAACAGUAAGAAUGGCGACGGCGUCCUUACUACCCAGGCACCGACAAGAUCCAACCGGGAUGUCUUUGAGUACGAUCCCGGCAAUCCCGUUCCAUCGCUCGGUGGCCCCAUGUGCUGCACGGGGAAGCCUAACACCGAGGGCUCAUUCGACCAAGCGUCCACGGAGGAGAGACGUGACAUGCUGGUCUACACAACCCCCCCUUUGACUGAAGGAGUCGAAGUGACUGGACCGUUGAAAGCUGUCUUGUCGGUAUCAUCCUCUGCAAAGGACACGGAUUUCACCGCAAAACUGGUCGACGUCUACCCCGAUGGAAAGGCCUAUAAUAUUCAAGAGGGUAUCCUCAGGGCUCGAUAUAGGACAGGCUUCGAAAACUCGGUUUCGAUGAACCCCAGCGAGGUCUACACGAUCGAGGUCGACAUGCAGGCAACCAGCAAUUAUUUUCCGGCGGGUCAUCGAAUUCGACUUGAAAUAUCAAGCAGUAAUUUCCCCAGGUUCGAUAGGAACAUGAAUACCGGUGGGAACAACUACGACGAAGCGAAGGCUGACGAAUACGACCCUAUCCAAGCUGAGGAGCUUAGAAAUGUUGAAAUAUAA